AGUGGUGCCGUAUGGGUCAGUGCGUGGACUACGGGAAGGACGGCCCGCCUGCGGUGGACGGCGGCUGGUCGGUGUUCUCGGAGUGGGCGCCCUGCUCGAGAACAUGCGGAGGCGGCAUCACGUACAAGGAGCGAGACUGCAAUAACCCCAGACCUCAGUAUGGUGGCACUUACUGUGUUGGGGAGAGCAAAAUCUACCGAAUGUGCAAUAUUCAGGAUUGUCCGUCGGACACGCGAGACUUCCGUUCUCAGCAGUGUGCAGAGUUCAACAGCAAGCCGUUCCGGGGAUGGUACUACAAGUGGAAACCCUACACCAGGGUGGAAGAGUCUGACCAGUGCAAGCUGUACUGCAUCGCAGAAGACUUCGACUUCUUCUUGUAA